GAAGGCUAGCUUUCCAGGAGAAUCCAAAAUGUCUGGAGACGUGGGAGAUUUGAUUGUUAAAUUCUCCAAGAAAGAGUACACAAUUACUGGCCUGUCAGGGACAGAUACAAUCAAAAAUCUUAAGGAUGCUAUCUAUAGACAGACAGGUGUACUCCCUGAGCAUCAAAAACUUGCCGGAUUUAAAGUAAAAGCAGGUCAAUUUAAUGAUUCAUCACAGCUGUCUACCAUGAUGCUCAAGCCCAACAUGAAGCUGACCCUUAUAGGAACAAGAGCAGAAGAUAUUGAUGAGGUGAGAGAUCCACCAGCAGACAUGCCAGAAGUCAUCAAUGAUUUUGACAUUGAGGAUGAGGAGGUUGCCAUUGAAAACAGAGAGGAAUAUCUUGCCAAGGUCAAAAAGCGAGUAAAGGAGCAUCGGAUCAUCAUGUAUUAUCCCCCACGUGAUGGCAAAAAGCUUCUAGUGCUGGACAUUGACUACACUUUAUUUGAUCACAGGUCUACUGCAGAGACACCAACAGAGCUGAUGCGGCCAUAUCUUCAUGAGUUCCUCACCUCUGCCUACGUGGACUAUGAUAUUGUUAUCUGGUCUGCUACAAGUAUGAAAUGGAUUGAGACUAAGCUGAACCUGCUGGGUGUUACCACAAACCCCAAUUACAAAAUCUGUUUCUACCUCUGUUCUGAUGCCAUGAUUUCUGUUCACACACCAAAGUAUGGUGUUAUACAGGUGAAGCCAUUGGGUGUUAUCUGGGGCAAGUUUGACAUGUGGAGUGAAAAGAACACGAUCAUGAUUGAUGAUGUGCGGCGCAAUUUCAUAAUGAACCCCAAGAAUGGGCUAAGAAUAAAAGCCUUCCGUGAAGCCCAUUCUAAUCGUUUAGCUGACAAAGAACUGAUGAAACUGGCAGAAUAUCUACAAGAUAUUGCAGACGUCAGUGACCUCUCCAGGCUUGACCAUCGCAAGUGGGAGUCGUACAAGCGACCCACACCACGUAAACCUCGACCAGAGCACAAACCUCCUCCCCCAGCCAUUCACCAUACAGAGGAGGAAGAGGAGGAGGAAGAAGAUGAUGAAGGAGACGAUGGUGGUGACGGUGAAGAGGAAGAUGAUGAUGAUACAUUUCUGAAUCGCAAGAAUGCUCCCGAUAAUGUGCAAUGACAUGGACACAACUGCAUAAGCUUCAUGGCAAUUUAACCACAAUAGUAAGAACAUAUUGUCAGGAGUUCAGUCUGUUUUCAUUAUUUAAAUUCCUCUUGUUUAACCAACAUAUCAUUUAUUUACAUCAGUUUGUGUUUGUACAAUGUCAGCAUUUUAUCAGAGGUUCUCAUUAAACAUGUGUUGAGUUUGUCGUAUCUUUUGAAUUUUCAUCAGUCAGUUUUUUUCCAUAGAAAGUUGUUUGCGGUCUGCGCAUUUGCUUUAAGUAUUCCUCACCUUCAAGGGAAAGAAAACAGAAAGGGAGACCAGGCUUUUGUUUGUAAGGGAGGCAACACAACUUUCCAUUCUCGGAACGAUGGAAAAGCUGUGUUAUUUCCCUUAGUCUUUGACGUUCGCGAGUUCUUUUUCUCAUUUAGUUUUUUUCUGAUUGUUUAUAAGUGAUAAUGCAGUCAAUAAAACUACGUUUUUCCAAUCGGAAUACCAGACUC